GUCACUCGCACGCAAACAGCUCGCUGGAGAGAGAGAACACGAACACACAAAAGGCAAUAGUAGUUUUCCGUACGAAUCGAGCCCAGCCCAGAAAAGCGGAAAACAGAACGGACUUGCAAGCGGUUGCAAUUUUCCAUAAACUGAGUCAUCCAACUGCACAACAUGCAAACCAUCAAGUGCGUGGUCGUUGGCGACGGAGCCGUGGGCAAGACCUGCCUGCUCAUCUCGUACACAACCAACAAGUUUCCCUCGGAGUACGUGCCCACGGUGUUCGAUAACUAUGCGGUCACCGUGAUGAUCGGCGGCGAGCCCUACACACUGGGCCUGUUCGAUACGGCCGGACAGGAGGACUACGAUCGGCUGCGUCCGCUCUCCUACCCACAGACGGAUGUCUUCCUCGUCUGCUUCUCGGUGGUCAGUCCCAGUUCCUUUGAGAACGUUAAGGAGAAGUGGGUGCCCGAGAUCACACACCAUUGCCAAAAGACGCCGUUCCUGCUGGUGGGCACACAGAUCGACUUGCGUGACGAGACCAGCACGCUGGAGAAGCUGGCCAAGAACAAGCAGAAGCCCAUCACCAUGGAGCAGGGCGAGAAGCUGGCCAAGGAGCUGAAGGCCGUCAAGUAUGUGGAGUGCUCGGCCUUGACACAGAAGGGUCUGAAAAAUGUAUUCGAUGAGGCCAUCCUGGCCGCCCUGGAGCCGCCAGAGCCCACAAAGAAAAGGAAGUGCAAAUUCUUAUAAUUCUCCUCCUCCCACAUGAUGUGUCCCCUUGUUUCUGGCUUUCAAGUACUAUCGCAAUGACUCCUUCAGCCUCCCGUCGAGAAGCGUUCAAUAUAUACCCAUAUAUAACAUA